AGGAGCAAAGAGAUAGAAGAGGCGACUUACAACUAGCGCAGCGCUACCCGACGCAUCUCUCUCCUUUUAAUUUCCCACCAAAUCAAUACUUUCAAAGAUGCUCUCCACGCGUAUCCAGUGCGCACUGGCGCUCCUGUCCCUUGCGCUCACAGUCAGCAGCGUCUCAGCAGCACCGACAGACGCCAAACUCCGCCAACUUCUGCAGAGAUCUCUCCUCAACCCGGCUGGAAAACAGGAACUCGCCAGAUACACACUUGCAGACUUGCUCUCGGACCUCGUGCAAGCAGAAAACGAGGCGCUGGAGCCCGAGGAUCUGUCCCGCGCUGCUGUGGAGAAAGAUGACGUCCGUCUGGAGCUCGAGCGCGCUGCCGGUCCCAUGCUGGCACCUCGCGAGCGCAAAGCCGGAUGCAAGAACUUCUUCUGGAAAACUUUCACGUCGUGUUAAUUUCUCACCGCGAAGCGUUUCCUUUUGACUUAUUCUUUUUUUAUUCCUUCAUAUUUAUUUUUUUUCCGUCUUUCACGUAUUCUUCAUCAUAUCUAAACUGUAUAUAAGAAAAUAAAAGCGACUAUAUUUGUCGUUUAACAACGAUGAUAGCUCUAAUUGACUAUGUUUUUCAAGGCUGUUGAUGUGUCAUUGGAAAGAAUGUUUUGCGGAUGUAUGCGAAUCUGCUUUUAAUUGUACUUCAGCAGAUAUCACUAUUUUUAAUUGUUUGUUUGAAUAAAAUCUAUGU